AUGGAGAUCCAUCUUUACAUCUGGUUACUCUCUAUAAUAACCGCCUCCUCAGGGACAGGUUUCAAUGAUAAAGGAAACCUAAAUUCACAAUUUUAUAAUCUGGACUGGAUGAAGUCUAUUCCUAACGAGACUCCAGUCUCUGCUAUUUCAAUUCCUGGAACACACAAAAGCAUGCACCAAUAUGGACUACGUUCAUGUCAAGUUUGGACCUUAAAAGACCAACUAAAUGUGGGCAUAAGAUAUUUUGAUGUUCAUGUUGAUGUUUGGCCGCCUGAUCGAAACAUCCUUUAUAUUAAGGAUGGAAACUGGAGGUUAUGGAAUACAUUUGAAAAAGUUCUGACGGAGAUGAUAAAGUUCUUAUCAGAGCAUAGUGGUGAGACUGUGCUGUUGGAAGUGAAACUCCAUCAUUCUCACUUCUACAAAUCAAAAGUUGAAGAACUGAUGAAGAAAAUGAUUGAAAAGUUCCCAAAUAAAAUAUUGACUACAUGGAAGGUACCAAAUAUGCAACAGGCAAGAGGCAGGAUUAUUUUUCUCCAGAGUAACACAUUUAAUGAUGGAACUGUAAACCAUCAAUCAAAGUUCUUUGAACAUGAAAAGCUAAAGGAGGUUGAUAAUCUAAUAAAGCACCACAAGGAAAACCUGUGUGGCAAUUACAUUCUACGGACACAACGUUCGGCAAACUGGUUAAAAAUUAAAAAAUUGGCUAAAGAUAUAAACAAGCAGCUUUAUGACUUUGUGGUGGAACAUAGUAAAAACUCCCCGAACCGAGGUUGCUUAGGUGUCAUCAGCAUGGACUUCCCGAGUGCCGAUCUGGUUAAACUCAUCACUCAGCUGAAACCUUGCAAUUGUGGUAAAGGUGCAAUAAAAGGACAUGAGGGAAAGGGACCUCAAACGACCAUCGAGCCACAAGAAGUAACGGACAUAAAGACUUCAUCUGAAGAUCCAGACUUUGAUACAGAACCUACAAGCCAAUCUUUAACAUCGAAGCAUGCUACAGAAGCCGCUAAAACAACAACUCCACCAGAGCCCACAACACCUCCACCUGAGCCCACCACACCUCCACCAGAGCCAACAACACCUCCACCAGAGCCCACCACACCUCCACCAGAGCCCACAACCCCUCCACCAGAGCCCACAACACCUCCACCUGAGCCCACAACACCUCCACCAGAACCUACAACACCUCCACCAGAGCCCACAACACCUCCACCAGACCCCAAUACCAUUCCACCAGAGUCCACAACAUCUCCACCAGAACCUAAAACACCUCCACCAGAGCCCACCACACCUCCACCAGAGCCAACAACACCUCCACUGGAGCCCACCACAACUCCAUCAGAGCCCACCACACCUCCACCAGAGCCCACAACACCUCCACCAGAGCCCACCACACCUCCACCAGAGCCCACAACCCCUCCACCAGAGCCCACAACACCUCCACCUGAGCCCACAACACCUCCACCAGAACCUACAACACCCCCACCAGAGCCCACAACACCUCCACCAGAGCCCAAUACCAUUCCACCAGAGUCCAUAACAUCUCCACCAGAACCUACAACACCUCCACCAGAGCCCACCACACCUCCACCUGAGCCCACCACACCUCCACCAGAGCCAACAACACCUCCACUGGAGCUCACCACACCUCCAUCAGAGCCCACCACACCUCCACCUAAGCCCACCACACCUCCACCAGAGCCCACCACACCUCGGCCAGAGCCGACAACACCUCCACCAGACCCCAAUACCAUUCCACCAGAGCCCACAACACCUCGACCUGAGCCCACAACCCCUCCACCAGAGCCCACCACACCUCCACUGGAGCCCACAACACCUCCACCUGAGCCCACAACACCUCCACCAGAACCUACAACACCUCCACCAGAGCCCACAACACCUCCACCUGAGCCCACAACACCUCCACCAGAGCCCACCACACCUCCACCAGAGCCAACAACACCUCCACUGGAGCCCACCACAACUCCAUCAGAGCCCACCACACCUCCACCAGAGCCCACAACACCUCCACCAGAGCCCACCACACCUCCACCAGAGCCCACAACCCCUCCACCAGAGCCCACAACACCUCCACCUGAGCCCACAACACCUCCACCAGAACCUACAACACCUCCACCAGAGCCCACAACACCUCCACCAGAGCCCAAUACCAUUCCACCAGAGUCCAUAACAUCUCCACCAGAACCUACAACACCUCCACCAGAGCCCACCACACCUCCACCUGAGCCCACCACACCUCCACCAGAGCCAACAACACCUCCACUUGAGCUCACCACACCUCCAUCAGAGCCCACCACACCUCCACCAGAGCUCACAACACCUCCAUCAGAGCCCACAACACCUCCACCUGAGCCCACAACCCCUCCACCAGAGCCCACCACACCUCCACCAGAGCCCACCACACCUCCACUGGAGCCCACCACACCUCCAUCAGAGCCCACCACACCUCCACCAGAGCCGACCACACCUCCUCCAGAGCCAACAACACCUCCACUGGAGCCCACCACACCUCCACUGGAGCCCACUACACCUCCACCAGAGCCCACCACACCUCCACUGGAGCCCACUACACCUCCAUCAGAGCCCACCACACCUCCAUCAGAGCCCACAACACCUCCACCAGAGCCCACCACACCUCCACCAGAGCCCACAACACCUCCACCUGAGCCAACAACACCUCCACCAGAACCUACAACACCUCCACCAGAGCUCACAACACCUCCACCAGAGCCCACAACACCUCGACCUGAGCCCACAACCCCUCCACCAGAGCCCACCACACCUCCACCAGAGCCCACCACACCUCCACUGGAGCCCACCACACCUCCAUCAGAGCCCACCACACCUCCACCAGAGCCGACCACACCUCCACCAGAGCCAACAACACCUCCACUGGAGCCCACCACACCUCCACUGGAGCCCACCACACCUCCACCAGAGCCCACCACACCUCCAUCAGAGCCCACCACACCUCCACCAGAGCCCACCACACCUCCACCAGAGCCCACAACACCUCCACCUGAGCCAACAACACCUCCACCAGAACCUACAACACCUCCACCAGAGCCCACAACACCUCCACCUGAGCCAACCACACCUCCACCAGAGCCCACCACACCUCCACCAGAACCAACAACAACUCCACCAGAGCCCACAACACCUCCACCAGAGCCCACAACACCUCCACCAGAGCCCACAACACCUCCAGCUGAGCCCACCACACCUCCACCAGAACCAACAACAACUCCACCAGAGCCCACAACACCUCCACCAGAGCCCACAACACCUCCACCAGAGCCCACCACACCUCCACCAGAGCCCACCACACCUCCACCUGAGCCCACAACACCUCCACCAGAGCCCACAGCACCUCCACCAGAGCCCACAACACCUCCAGCUGAGCACACAACACCUCCACCAGAGCCUACAACACUUCCACCAGAGCCCACCACACCUCCACCAGAACCAACAACACCUCCACCAGAGCCCACCACACCUCCACUAGAGCCAACAACACCUCCACCUGAGCCCACAACACCUCCAACAGAGCCCACAACACCUCCACCAGAGCCCACCACACCUCCACCAGAGCCAACAACACCUCCACUGGAGCCCACCACACCUCCACCAGAGCCAACAACACCUCCACUGGAGCCCACCACACCUCCAUCAGAGCCCACCGCACCUCCACCAGAGCCCACAACAGCUCCACCAGAGCCUACCACACCUCCACCAGAGCCAACAACAACUCCACCAGAGCCCACCACACCUCCACCAGAGCCAACAACACCUCCACUGGAGCCCACCACACCUCCACCGGAGCCCACCACACCUCCACCAGAGCCCACCACACCUCCACCAGAGCCCACAACACCUCCACCGGAGCCAACAACACCUCCACUGGAGCCCACCACACCUCCAUCAGAGCCCACCGCACCUCCACCAGAGCCCACAACAACUCCACCAGAGCCCACCACACCGCCACCAGAGCCCACCGCACCUCCACCAGAGCCCACCACACCUCCACCUGAGCCCACAACCACUCCACUAGAGCCCACAAAACAUCCAAAUGAGCCCACAACCACUCCACCAGGGCCCACAAAACCUCCACCAGAGCCCACAACACGUACACCAGAGCACAGAUUACAUCCUCUGCCUAAUGUAUUACCGGGGUCAUAUCCAGCUGUGGUCCCUAAAAUCCCCCUUAAAAUAGAACCCAAGACACAGUGGAGAAGGCGUAAUUGUCAUAGAGGGUAAAUCGAGUGAAAACAAUCACUACAGUAAAUUAUAUUUUCUUCUAGAACUCUGUCCAGGAAGAGUGUGAAAUUGGAGGGGUAUUGAGGCUAUGAGAAUAAAACAUUGAGUAAAAAGAUUA